GUGACCACCAGAAGCAAAUAAGUAAAGCUGAAAACUAAAAUUUACAUGUAUGAACUGACAAACUAUUUGCAUAUGUGACUGACUAACACGGGAUGGUGAGAGUGGAUAAGUUUGUGAAUCUCAAGUUUUAGAUCUGAAUAUGCAGAAGUCUAGAUUCUCAUGCUUGUUACUGCAGGCACAUUUUCAUCGGGAAGCAGUGAGGUAUCGACUGAGUUCAUUGCUUUUUUUCUUGCAUUACCGUUUCCUGGUGCUCUGGUGGCUUUGAAUCAUGAGUUGCUUGAGGAGUGGCAAAAAUUUACUGCACUUCGUGUGUACUGGGCUGGCGUUUGCACAAUGCUGUGGUAUGCUCAUGUUGUAUUAUCUUAUUAAUUACUGAUGAAGCUUUGUUUGUUAAGGUCAUUCCUUCCAAGAUUUUCAUAAUCUUUUCUGAUUUAAUUUGACAACUUUGAUUCUUGUCAUGCUAUAGCUUGAAUUGACAUGUAUGUCAUGGUUUCGUAACUUAAAGCUUGCUACAGAGUUGUGCAGUAUGCGGACUGGUGUUAUUCCUUCUGCCCUCGAUCUUGUGUCCCCUUUACAUACACGGUGAAAGCCCCAUGUAUGAUACACAGACAUAUUUACUUGUUUAAUCAUAUGUGUAUGUGUGUGCAUCUACGCGCACAUACUGGCUAACAAUUUUCCUUCCCACUUGUGGCAUUUGUAAUUUUUACUUGGAAUAGGUUUUGGAUGUACCUUCUACCUCUCCUUUGUCUGGCUAUCUGUCUCCUGGUGAUGCAAUCGUAUCUUUGGACGGCAAACGAAUCCAUAAUGAACAAGAUUGGAUGGAGAUCACUGCUCUAAUAGACGAACAGACACUACAAAGUUCAAAUCUUUCAAAAAGUUUUGAAGGUCCUGCAACGGUUCAUCGAAUGAAGGGUUACUGUGUCCCUACUUUUGUGGUAGAAGAAAUCAACAGGACUUUUUUCAUAGACAAUCAAUCUGCCUGCCCUGACGACCUUGCUGAAUUUGUGGCCAUUCAAUGCUUCGAUCCAAGCAAAUCAGAUAAUGUCGAUAUUGAAGAUGGUUUAAGCAGAAGACAGCGUAGGCACUGCUUGAAUGCUAAGGAUGUUGUCGAGCUCAAUAAAUGUGGUGAGGGGCGAGUGACAGAAAUAACCAAAGGAAGGCAUUACGUGAAUCAAAACCCUUUGAGGGGGACUACUGCUUAAGCCCUGUUCCACUACCAGGGUCUGUAUGGGUGGAGAUCACCUAUCACCUAUGCAAGCCCUUAUGGUCCAGAAUGCAUGAAACCAGGAAGAAAUUCAUUUCCAGCUUCUGAAGCUUCAGACUUUUCAGAGCAUAAAUGUGGUGGGACUUUUGUUCUUGUUGGUGAUCUGAUCUCGAUGGCGCACUCAGUUAAGUUGGCGCACUCAGUUUGGUAACCAACAGGUAAGCAGUAUUAUCUGUUGGCCUUCUUGAUUUGUAAACUGCCAUUCUAAGGUUAAGGAGGUUACAGGUUUGAGUUACAAUCCUAUAAUUCAUAGAAUGUCUGCUACCCUCCUUUGGACGACGUAUGGAUUGCAGAAAUAUAAGUUGUAACAGGCUCUUGUUAUAAAUGCAAGUUCAUCACAGGUUAGAUGUUCAUAUCAAUGCAUGCUCUCCUAUCAGUAGAAACAUCAAUGUUUUUCUUGUAACAAAUUACUCCCGUCUAUCCUAGAAACAAAGGGAACAGGCCUGAAUAGAGACUUUGGCACUGGUUUCU